AUGGCGGACGAAGUUCCAUCAAAACUCGAUGAAAAGUCACAAGAAAUUCUUAGAGAAUAUCUUGCAACAAAACAAGAAAAUAAAACACCUUUAGAAACAAUUUACUUUGAUCUUGCUGUUGGGUUACGUGAAGAUGAAACAAUGGAAUAUAGAAUGGCUGUUGUUAAUUUUGUAGAAAGAAGAUUUAAACUUAUUAGACAUGGAAAAGUACGUGAAGAAUAUCCAUUUACUUCAUUAAAUACAGUUACUGUAUGUUCAAGUCCAACUCAAUUUAAAAUGAAAUUAACAUUAUGUGAACAACCAUCAAUUUUAUUAUUAAUGCAAAAUGAAAGUGAUUUUAAUUCAUUAUUUGAGAUUCUUCGAACUAUAACAACUGAUAACAAUUCAAUCUUAUUCAAAGAAGAUUUCCUUCAAGAUUAUUGUCAUUUAGUAAAAAUGGUUUCAUGUAAAAAACAUGGUAAAACAUUUUGGGCAAGAAGAUCAUUAAAUAUUUAUAAUGGAUUAAUUGCAUUAUAUGCAGUAAAUGGAGAAAUUCCAUUAACUAUAUUACCAUUUAGUGAUAAUGUCGAAAUUACUAAACAUCAACGACUUAUUUUAAUUUUCCAAUGUGUUAUUAGACGAGUUUAUUUAAGAUUUGAAACAGAAGAAGAAUGUAAUGAAGUUGAAACACUUUGUAAAAAAUGUCAACAAUAUUAUCAUAAACCACAAACAAUGAUAGUAAAAGAUUUUUUUAGUGGAAAAUUAGCAGAUUUAACACCUACAUGUCGUGAAUUAUGUAAUAAAAAUAAUUUAUAUCCAGAAGAAUGUGAAAAACAUUUUGAUACAUUAUGUGAAAUUCUUCGAUCACAAACAAAGAAAAGAUAUGCUACAGUUACAGAAAAAAGACAACUUCAACAAAAAAUUGAACAUCAACAAAUUCAUAUUGAAAAAAUAAAAAAAGAAGCUCCACCAGAAGAAGAUGAUUUAUUAAAAUAUUGUAAAAAAGAAGAUCCACAUAAAUAUUUUACAAAUCUUGUUUCUAUUGGAAAAGGUGGAUUUGGUGAAGUAUUUUGUGCACAAAGAGUAGAAGAUGGUAAACCAGUUGCUUUAAAAAUGUUAAAACAUUCUAUAGAUGAAAGAUAUACAAAAAUUGGAGCAGAAGUUGCACGUUUAAGUAAUUGGAAACAUCCAAAUAUUGUUGGAUUUGAAGGAUGUUGGUUAUAUAAUAAUCAAGUAUAUAUUGGAAUGGAAUAUUGUUCUCUUGGAACAUUAAAAACAUUAUUAAAAAAUAGAAUGAGACCAUUUCAAGAUGCUGAUACAGCAUUUUUAUUAUUAGAAACAUUAAAAGCACUUAAAUAUAUUCAUGAAGAAGGAUUUAUUCAUAGAGAUAUUAAAACAGCUAAUAUUAUGUUAAAACAAAAUUUUGAAAUUAAAGUGAUUGAUUUUGGAUUAGUUGUAAGAAUUAAUUCUAAACCAUCAAAUAGAGCUGGAUCUAAAGCAUAUAUGGCACCAGAAGUUAUUAAACAAAUUCAAUAUAAUGAAAAAGUUGAUAUUUGGAGUAUUGGAUGUGUAGGUCAAGAAUUAUUUGAAGGAUCACCACCUUAUAGAGAAUUAGGAAUGUUUAAAGGUCUUUUUAAAACAGCUACAGUUGGUGCACCUGGAUUAAGAAAUCCAUCUAAAGCACCUCCUGAAUUUAUUGAUUUUCUUAAGAAAUGUUUUGUCUUUAAUCCAGAAGAAAGAUGGUCAGCAAUACAAUUACUUGAACAUCCAUUCCUAAAACAAGCUGAUGGAUCUAUUAUUAAACAAAGAGGAAUGAAAGUAGGUAUUUAA